GCAGGAGAGGGGAAAAAAAUAAAACCCAACAAAUACACACACACGCAUUUUUGUAAAGGGAAUCCCUCUUUUUCUCCUGGAUUUGUGGAUGCACCGAUGAGAGAUCCAGCCUUCCCAGGGACUGCCAUGGCUUACCACCCCUUCCACGCACCCCGGCCGGCUGACUUCCCCAUGUCCGCUUUCCUCGCAGCCGCCCAGCCGUCCUUUUUCCCGGCUCUGGCUCUGCCUCCGGCGGCGUUGGCCAAGCCCAUGCCGGACCCGGGGCUGGCCGGGGCGGCCGAGGCCGGGCUGCACGUCUCGGCCCUGGGACACCAUCACCAAGCCGCCCAUCUGCGCUCGCUCAAAAGCCUGGAGCCCGAGGAGGAGGUCGAGGACGACCCCAAAGUAACGCUGGAAGCCAAAGAGCUUUGGGACCAGUUUCACAAGCUGGGCACCGAGAUGGUGAUCACCAAGUCUGGGAGGAGGAUGUUCCCCCCGUUCAAGGUGCGGGUGAGCGGCCUGGACAAGAAGGCCAAGUACAUUUUGCUGAUGGAUAUAGUGGCGGCCCGCGCGGCCGACGAUUGCCGGUACAAAUUCCACAACUCCCGCUGGAUGGUGGCCGGCAAGGCCGACCCGGAGAUGCCCAAGCGCAUGUACAUCCACCCCGACAGCCCGGCCACGGGGGAGCAGUGGAUGGCCAAACCUGUUGCCUUUCACAAGCUCAAGCUCACCAACAACAUCUCGGAUAAGCACGGCUUUACCAUCCUGAACUCCAUGCACAAGUACCAGCCCAGGUUCCACAUCGUCCGGGCCAACGACAUCCUCAAGCUGCCCUACAGCACCUUCCGCACCUACGUGUUCCCCGAGACCGACUUCAUCGCCGUCACUGCCUACCAGAACGACAAGAUCACGCAGCUGAAAAUCGAUAACAACCCCUUCGCCAAGGGCUUUCGGGACACGGGCAAUGGCCGCAGGGAGAAGAGGAAGCAGCUCUCGCUGCCGUCCCUGCGGAUGUACGAGGAGCCCUGCAAGCCCGACCGCGACGGUGGCGAGUCGGACGCCUCCUCCUGCGAGCCCUCGGCCGUGCGUGAUGCCCUGCACUCGCCCGUGGGUGCCAUCCCCAGCCCCCUGCGCCUCAAGGGCAGCGGCAGAGAGGAGAAGCCGGGGGCCGACAGCGACACGGAGGUGGAGAAGGUGCCCGAGGAGCGGCCGGUGGCAGCAGCCAGCCCCAGCGCCGAGGACACAACGCCCCGUGGCAGCCCCCGGUGCCCGGAGGAGCGCAGCAAGGAGAGGCACAGCCCGGAGAAAGCCAAGGAUGGGGCAUCCCCCCGGGAGGGCCCUGGCGAGAGCCUGUUCGGCACUCGGGGCCUGGAGAAGGACAAGGUGGAAGGACGGAGGAAAGAGACGGAGGCGGGCAAGAAGGACACGGAGGGCGGCGGGCUGGGCAAGGAGGCCUUCGCCCCGCUGAUGGUGCACACGGACAGCCCCCCGCACCUGAGCGCCGGCCACCUGCAGAGCCUGGCACUCUCUGGCCUCCACGGGCAGCAGUUCUUCAGCCCGCUGGGCGCCGGGCAGCCCCUCUUCAUCCACCCAGGACAGUUCGCCAUGGCCCCCGGCGCCUUCUCUGCCAUGGGCAUGGGACACUUGCUGGCCUCGGUGACCGGCGGGGGCAGCCUGGAGAAUGGAGCCCUCUCGUCCGCCCCGGGCGCGGCGGGGACGGCCACCCCCUUCCCUUUCCACCUCUCCCAGCACAUGUUGGCCUCUCAGGGAAUCCCGAUGCCCACCUUCGGCGGACUCUUCCCCUACCCCUACACCUACAUGGCAGCGGCAGCGGCGGGGGGGGGGGGGGGGGGGGGGGGGGGGGGGGGGGGGGCCAGCGCUGCCGCCGCGGGGCCGCUCUCCCGCAACCCCUUCCUGGGCAGCAGCCGGCCCCGCCUGCGCUUCAGCCCCUACCAGCUGCCGGUCACCAUCCCGCCCAGCACCAACCUGCUGACCACCGGCCUCCCCGCCAGCCUCAACCCCGCCUCCGAGGGCUCCAAGGCCGGCAGCAGCCGCGAGUCCAGCCCCCUGCCCGAGGUGCCCCUGCACAAGGGGGGCAGCCAGCGCCCCGCUGCCUCCCCCAAGGGCUCCCUGAAGGAGUCCCUCAAUGAACUGCAGAACAUCCAGAGACUGGUGAGCGGGCUGGAGAGCCAGCGGGAGCUGUCACCCGGCAGGGAGUCCCCGAAGUGAGCGGCGGGGCGGGCAGCGAGCCCUCCCGGCGGGGCGGAGAAGCACUGGUAUUUUGUACAGCACAGUAGAAAUAUUUAUUGUGGAGCGAGGGCUGGGAGCGGACAGGGAGCGGGGUGCUGCAGCAGAGGGACGGAGCCCACCGGCCAAGCGGACCCACCUCCCCAGAGCCAGGAGGGAGCAGCUGGAGCGCUGGGCGUGCCCACCCCUUUGGCUGCGGGGCUGGGAGCGGCUCCCCCCGCUCCAGCGAGGCCACGGAACCCCCAGGACCCCCCCAGGA